AGAAACAAGCCAUGGCUUAAUGAUAUACAUUUAUUACUUGUAGGCUACGCUUAUUUUCUCAGAAAAACACUGACGACGCCAGGAGUCAUUUUCGGCUGGAUAUGCGGUGACUCUGACCUCUGAUCAACAGCAGAGUGGUUUACAAGAUGAGUUCAACAACAGACGAGACCGGAGGUGGAAGACCUCAGAAAACUGGGGGCAAAGACCACAAAAAGCCCACAGCUGAAGCCUUGAGAGGAGCCAUCCAGCUUGGCAUUGGGUACACAGUCGGCAAUCUGACCUCCAAACCAGACAGAGAUGUUCUCAUGCAAGACUUUUACGUUGUUGAGAGUGUCUUUCUCCCAAGCGAAGGCAGCAAUCUGACCCCAGCUCAUCAUUACCCUGACUUUCGCUUUAAGAAUUACGCUCCUUUGGCUUUCCGUUACUUCAGGGAGCUCUUUGGGAUUAAACCAGACGAUUAUCUGUACUCUAUUUGUAAAGAACCUCUGAUCGAGCUGUCGAACCCUGGAGCGAGUAGCUCGUGGUUUUACUUAACCAGUGAUGAUGAGUUCAUUAUAAAGACUGUGCAGAACAAAGAAGCUGAAUUUCUGCAGAAGCUGCUUCCAGGUUAUUACAUGAAUCUGAACCAGAACCCAAGGACCCUCCUACCGAAGUUUUACGGGCUGUACUGCAUUCAGUGUGGCGGUGUUAAUAUCAGAUUGGUGGUGAUGAACAACAUUCUGCCUCGCUCUUUGAAAAUGCACUACAAAUACGACUUGAAGGGCUCCACUUACAAACGCAGAGCGUCACGGAAGGAGCGUGGCAAAUCCUCCCCGACCUUUAAAGAUCUGGACUUCCAGGAGAUGCACGAAGGCCUUUACUUCGAUGCAGACACGUACAGCGCCUUGAUGAAGACUCUUCAGAGAGAUUGUCGGGUGCUGGAAAGCUUUAAAAUCAUGGACUACAGUUUGCUGCUGGGAAUCCAUGUUCUGGACAGGAAGAUGAGGGGGAGAGGAGGCCGAGGGGACAGUAAGCGUCAGGGUGGGCAGAAGGUCCUGUACUCCACAGCCCGCGAGUCCAUUCAAGGAGACGGCAAAGCUGCCGAGCCUCUCGCUGACGCCGACGACGACACAAUGGGUGGCAUCCCUGCUAAACACAAAGAAGAGAAGUUGCUGAUCUUUUUGGGGAUUAUUGAUAUCCUGCAGUCCUACAGAUUUAUAAAGAAGGUUGAACACUCAUGGAAGGCUCUUGUGCAUGAUGGUGACACAGUAUCUGUCCAUAGACCUAAUUUCUACGCUGACAGAUUCCUGAAAUUCAUGGGUGGCACGGUAUUUAAAAAGAUUCACCCUCUCCGUGGAGCGUCCUCGAGAAGGAAGAAGAGCUCUAUCCAGUGUCGGUCCGCCUCACAGGAGGUCCUGUCGACUGUAAAUGAAGAGAGUCAAGAAGAGAGGAGGGCGCUAAGCCUCGAAAAACUCGAAAACAUCGAUGAUACAGAUAAACCCUCCCCUCAGAAACCUGAUGUUAUUCCAAGCUCCACAAGACUCGAUCCAGCUGUUUCCGUGGCCACUUUGUCUUCUGCUUCCUCUUUAGAUGAUGUGAAAACUGAACUACAAACAGAAAACAGAACGUCCAGCUCGACUCUUGCUCUGGAGGACGGCAUUCCUCCUCUUCCGAGCACACCCGAGUCUGGUCUGGACGUCUACCUGUGAUGCGUAAGGCUUUCUGAAGCGGACCAGAUCAUCGAAACAUUGCUGUCUCACCCGUCACUCCACAACUUUGCACAAUGGAUAUCUCUAGCUGCUAAUUCACAUGGACUGAGAAAAGCCUUACGUCUGAAACCAUGGCAGAGUGAUUGCCACACUAUAGUACUGCAGUGCCUUACACUGUGCACUUUGUACCCACUUGAAAACACAAGUUUGUUGCAUAAUAAUAGUUACACUCCCAUUAGACCAGUGUACUGUAACUGUCUCAUAAAUGCACUGGUCGGUACGCAUGUUAAAGCUGUGACACCUGAUUAAAGCAUGUGUCAUACAAAGAAAUGUAUAAUUUAUUCUAUAUGAAUCAUGGUAUAAUUAUAUUGUGAGCACUCCUGA